AUGAUCAGGAAGAACACGAUUAAUCGCACAAUAGAAGUUAUAUUUACUUUGUUUGGAAUAUGGCCAGAUGCUUCGUGCAUUUCAUUUUGCAGAAUUUUUUGGAUUGUCUCGAUAAUAAUUGUUCAAUUCUAUCACUACCGGUAUUUGCAAACACAUCUCUAUUCUGAUGAUAUUUUCAAUUUGAUGGACUGUGUAAACAGCUUUCUAGCAUGUAUGAAAGUGAUGACCAAGUUUAUUGUGUUUUGGUUGAAUCAGCGAAAAUUCAUCAUAACUUUGAAAAUGAUAACGGAAGACUGGGACAGUUGCGCCAACAAUGAGAUUGACAUGCACGAAACAAUAUAUAAAGCAAAGUUAUCGAGUCGUAUCACUAAUGCAAUGAUAAUUCUCCAUAUGAUAAGUGCCGUUGCGUAUAGCAUACGAAUCAUCCUGGCUGAUGUCGAUGUCACCAAUCGCACAUCCGACCUGCCCUAUAUCUGUAAAAUGGAACUUCCCUUCGAUGUAAAUACACAAAGAACGUAUAAAAUGAUAUUAAUCAUACAAACUGUGUAUGUCAUCAUGUGCACUUUGGCUGCUGGUGCUGUAAAUGCUUUGCUUCUAACAUUGGUUUUACAUACAGGCGGUCAAAUAGACAUUCUGCGUUGCUGGUUGUUAAAUUUUGCAUCCCAGGAAAAUGAAAAGAACGAAUCAAUUACAACGGGCAAAAUUAUUCAGAAACAUCAGAAAAUCAUUAACUUCUCUAAGAAUAUUGAAAAUUUGUACACAUAUAUCGCGUUAUUCCAGUUUACCUCUAAUAUUAUAAUGAUUUGCUCUUUGGCAUUUCUCAUCAUAAACGCGAUCGGUACACCUGAUGCGACGGAGCAAAUAAUAAGAUCUCUUCUUUUCUACGUCAUAACAAAUCUAGAAGCGUUUGUAUUCUGCUAUGCUGGAGAAUAUUUGAACAACAAGAGUAAAGCGGUCGGACACGCAGCAUACAAUUCCGCAUGGUAUAAUUUAAAGCCUGAAGACACUUGUAUUUUGUCAUUUAUAAUAUUAAGGUCGCAAACACAACUGACGCUAACUGUUGGAAAAAUGGCAAAUCUCUCUUUAGAUUAUUUUACAAGUAUUAUGAAUGCUUCAGGAUCCUAUCUAUCAGUAUUAUUGGCAAUGCAAUAAACACGAUGUCAAUCUCAAUAACUUUUAAUCAAUAGUCGUGAAGCGUGUACAGAGGCGAUAUGUAAAUAUGCCUUUACUAGUUACAUUAACAUACAUUGUAUAAUAUUGGGUAUAUUUCUGAAUAUAUGUCUAUGAGAAAAAAAUAAUUUACAUAAAAUAUAGCAUAAAGUUAUAGUAAGCAAUAUCGGUCUCUAUAAAAUGUCAUACUCACUAUAUAUCUCAAUUCUUAUGAAAAGACAAAUUAUGAUUUUUUUCCUACAACUGAGAGUUCACAGAGUAAAAACAUUGUACGCAAAGAUAGAUAUACAGAUCCGCAGUAAUUUAA